AUGGAAGAAGACUAUAAUGGAAAUGGAGAUAAGUUAACUUGUUUAAACAAAUAUAAUCAAAUAAUAACGCAACAACAAGAACAACCUUCAGGAUUAUUGGGUUUCUCAAGAUUAUUGGGUUUAUCAGGAGUCGAUGUUACUUUUUUGGCUUUAACCACCAUCGCCAUCACCAAUAAAAAACUUUCCGAUCCACCAUGA